AUGACCAACUUCAAGGUCGACAUUGUAAGCGACACGGUGUGCCCAUGGUGCUAUGUAGGCAAGAAGCGCUUGGAAAAGGGUAUCGCGGCCUACAAGGAGAAGCACCCUGAUUCCACAGACACUUUCGAUACCAACUGGUUCCCUUUUUACUUGAACCCCGAUGCGCCAAAGAGCGCCGACAAGCAACAACUGUACGAGUCGAAAUUUGGCAAAGAGCGCACAGCAAUGAUGCAAGAGCGCCUCUCACAGAUUGGCAAAGAGGAGGGAAUCAACUUCAAAUACGGCGGCAAGACUGGAAACACACGCGAUUCGCACCGGCUUAUACAACUUGGAAAAACCAAGGGCCCGCAAAUGCAGACCCGAGUGAUUGAGGAGCUCUUCGCUGCAUACUUCGAGAAUGAGAAGGAUAUUACUACCCAAGAGAUCCUAACCGAGGCAGGUGUCAAAGCUGGGCUGGAGGAGAAAGAGAUCAAGGAUUGGUUGGAGGCAGGCAAGGGAGGCCCUGAGGUUGAUAAGGAAGUGCAGCAGGCGCGUCGACAGCAGAUCACUGGCGUUCCCAAUUUUACCAUAAACGGCAUGUAUGAAGUCGGUGGAGCACAGGAUCCGGCUGCCUUUGUACAGUUGUUCGAGCGAUUGAAGAGACAGGAAGGUAACCUGUAA